GACUGAUGCUGCUCAGAGCGGGUCUGAGGGAGGAUGGUGCGUGUGUGUGUGUGAGCACGCGCGUGUGUGUGUGUGUGUGCACGUCAGAAUUGGAGCAAGGCAGCCUCUUCUUUCGGGCUCAGGUUAUAAUUUGAGUUAUUUUUCCAGCAGCGGUGUCCUCUCCUUCACCUACAUCACCUGGAGGGCGCGCGUCUCUAACUCUGUCAAGGAGGAAUGUCUCUGGUGCUCCAGCUGUAGCCAGUCGGCAGCGAGAUGGGCUCCGAGGAGCGCAGUUCAGCCAUGUCACAGAAGAUCUCCUCCCUGUCACGCAGCAACAGCAGCUCCUCGUCCAAACAUGACAGCCGACAGGACAGCUGGGAAAUAGUGGAGGGCCUGCGCGGGGGCUUCGGCAACGUCCUGGAGCCCCAGAAACAGGAGGGCUUCAUGCUGAAGAGGAGAAAGUGGCCCAUGAAGGGCUGGCAUAAGAGAUACUUUUUCCUAGACAAGGGCAUCCUGAAGUAUGGCAAGUGCUGUGCUGAUAUUGAGAAAGGGAAGCUGCACGGCUGCAUCGACGUGGGUCUCUCUGUCAUGGCCAUUAAGAAGAAAGCCAAGUGCAUUGAUCUUGACGCCGAGGAAAACAUCUAUCACCUGAAGAUUAAGUCGCAGGAGCUGUUUGAUGAAUGGGUGUCCAAGCUGCGCCACCAUCGGCUCUAUCGGCAAAAUGAGAUUGCCAUGUACCCUAAUGAGAAGUCCUUCUACUACCCCCACUACCCCUCCCCCAACUCCCCCACCUUGGCUAAGAGCGCCCCUAUGAGAAAGUGCAUCUCUAUACAGAGGCAGUCCACGGUGCAUGCGGUGGGAGCCUUCCCUUUGAGCUGCAACAGCCAGGCCAAAGUAACAGCCUGGCUCCAGUCAUCUGAUGACAUGGACAAGUGCUCCAAAGACUUGUCGGUCUGUGAUGCCUACCUGCUGGAGCUCCACCACCUGCUCCAGUGUAUGGAAAUCCUCCAUCGGACCUAUUCUGCUCCAUCGAUCCAAGCCCUGCAGACAUCCACAUUUGACAGCCCCAAGAAGGAAAAGCGACUUCCAAGGAAGUGGCGCACUAAAAACUACAACAAAGACGUCAAAACAACUCUGCAGGUACCCGGCUGCAUGUCCUCUGGCUCUAUCCGCCUCCAUGCCUCUAACCCCAACCUCUCCACCGCUGCACUUGGUAAUGACAAAGCCGACACCGAAUCGCUGGAUUCUGCUUUUGACGUGGCCAAGCUGCAGGAGGACUUCUGCCGCAUUGCCACCAACUUGCACGCAACCAUGAAGACGGCCCUCAGUUCUCUGACCUCUGAGAGAGAGAGGUUAAAGCAAUGUCUGGACCACGAAACGUGUCCCCCUACCUCACCACAAGUCGUCGGCCUGAAGAACUCCCUGUCAACGGCUUUAGCCCAGAACUCUGAGCUGAGAGAGCGCCUGAGCAAGAUUCAUGUCGAGUCCCACAUCGUAGAGCCCACACUAAUAAAUCUCACUGCCCCUGUGCAGAAACAGGAAUCCGUUGAUGAAUCCCAUCCCCUUGUACACCAAGUAUCCAAUGAGAGCAGAGCGUCAAUUGCAGAGUCUUUGUCCGAGUUCUUCGAUGCACAGGAAGUUCUGUUGUCUGCUAGUUCCUCUGAAAAUGAGGCGUCAGAGGAUGACUCGUAUAUCAGUGACGUCAGUGACAAUAUCUCCAUGGACAACUUCAGCAAUGGGACAGAGAGAGAGAGACCAAACUCAGGGCCUGUGGAGGAGGGCACGGCCCUCUGUCAGCGUCGAUCCCGUCUGCCCUCUCCCAGUCCCAACAACAGCACCAUCAGCCUGUGGAACAUCCUCAGGAACAACAUCGGCAAAGACCUGUCCAAAGUGGCGAUGCCGGUGCAACUCAAUGAGCCGCUCAACACACUGCAGAGGCUGUGUGAAGAGCUGGAGUACAGCGAGCUGCUAGACAGAGCUGCCAACACUCGGGACCCUUUCGAACGCAUGGUAUACGUAGCUACAUUUGUCGUGUCAGGCUACGCAUCCAGCUACUACAGAACUGGUGGAAAACCGUUCAACCCCGUCCUGGGUGAGACGUACGAGUGUGACCGACCAGAUAAAGGCUUUCGAUUUGUUGCAGAGCAGGUCAGCCAUCACCCACCGAUCUCAGCUUGCCACGCGGAGUCUAAAGAUUUUGUGUUCUGGCAAGACGUGAGAUGUAAGAACAAGUUCUGGGGGAAGUCAAUGGAGAUUGUUCCUGUGGGUACCACUCAUGUGACUCUGCCAGAAUUUGGAGACCACUACGAGUGGAACAAGGUGACGUCCUGUAUCCACAACAUUCUCAGCGGACAGCGCUGGAUCGAGCACUACGGGGAGAUCUCCAUCCGAAACUCCAGCAGUGACGUUUGCCAGUGCAAGGUCACUUUUGUGAAGGCCAAAUACUGGAAUUCCAGUGUGAAUGAGGUGGAGGGAACUGUCACGGAUCAGAAAGGGAAGGUCGUCCACAGACUCUUUGGAAAGUGGCACGAGGCGGUUUUCUGUGGAGACCCACCUUCAGCCACAUGCAUCUGGAGAGCGAAUGCAAUGCCAGUAGACCAUGAGCAAUACUACGGCUUUACCAAGUUUGCUGUUGAACUGAAUGAGUUGGACCCAUCUCUGAAACUGCUGCUGCCGCCCACAGACACCAGACUACGAGUAGACCAAAGACUGCUGGAGGAGGGAAACCCGGAGGCUGCAGAGGAGCAGAAACAGAGGAUUGAACAGCUGCAGAGAGAGAGACGGAGAAUCCUGGAGGAGAACAAUCUAACACAUCAGCCCAACUUCUUCAGGAAGUCGAAGGACGACACCUGGGUGAGCAAAAACACGUACUGGGAGUUGAGGAAGGACCUUGGCUUCGCCCACGCAGAUUCUCCUUUGCUGUGGUGACUGUAGAUCAACCACAUUUCAUCCUGCGCAGCCUCCACUGUGAUCCAGGCUGGUUCUGGGGAUGUCUGUAUUCCAGUCUUGCAUUCGAUCCUGUCUCCUCUAUCGUAGUUCAUCAAAGUUACUGCCUUAAUCGCAAGUGCUUAUCCAAGUUGUGUAAACAUGUUUAUGCAAGCAUAUUAUGAGAGAGUCGGUGAAUUUGAGCACUUUUGCAAAAUAUUUCCAUAUUCCUCUAAUGUUACUGAAGUUGAGAUGAGGAAUGGUUAAAAACAUGAGUUUAAAAUGUAGUGAACAACCGGUCGCUUGAGCUGCCAUCUUAUCACCCACAUUCUCUACCUCUGAGAUAAACUAGCCCCGAUAUGCCAGUCAUUGAGUAAACACAUCUAAUAUUUAUUCGCACCCGCCUGAUGCCUUACUGCUUGUGCUCAUAUUGUUUAAUUUUUUUUUUGUUGCAUCUUAAAUUCUUUUUUUAAUCCUGACUGACCUUUUCGUUCAUGUCUUCACAAGGGUGAUUUCUGCUUUUUUGCUAUGACUUUGUUAAUGAUUGUGCACCAAUGAGCAGCAGUAGCAAACUUCCAAUCCAGCGUGUUUUUCACUUAACCUAUUGCACCGUUGUCUAUAUGGAUGGUGUGGGUUUUGUGACCAAAAGUGUCCAAAGCUAUGCUCCAUGAGCUCAAAUAAAAUCCGUGAUGCUUUC